GGGCGCGGGGUAGCGCCUUGGUGGAAAACGGGAGCCUUGGGGGAUUUUCGGGAGGAAGUGGCAUGCAAAUAAGGCCGCGGUUCCGGACUUGAGUUGAGCCUUUCUUGGUGGGCUGGUGCGCCCCGAGAAUAGAGGCUUCUCUCGAAAGAGCCAUACAUUCCUGCCCAAGAUCUUCUUCCGCAAGAUGUCAUCCUCAGGGGCCAAGGACAAGCCUGAGCUGCAGUUUCCCUUCCUGCAGGAUGAGGAGACAGUGGGCACGCUGCAAGAGUGCAAGACGCUCUUCAUCCUGCGUGGCCUGCCAGGGAGUGGCAAGUCCACUCUGGCACGGAUCAUCACGGACAGGUACCGUGACAGCACCAAGACGGUGUCUGCUGACACUUACAAGAUCACCCCGGCUCAAGGAGGCUUCUCCGAGGAGUACAAGCGGCUGGACAAGGACCUGGUUGACUGCUGCCGCCGGGACAUCCGAGUCCUUGUGCUGGAUGACACCAACCAUGAGCGGGAGCGGCUGGAGCAGCUCUUUGAAAUAGCCGACCAGUACCAGUACCAGGUGGUACUGGUGGAGCCCAAGACAGCGUGGAGGCUGGACUGUACCCAGCUCAAGGAGAAGAACCAGUGGGGGCUGUCAGUUGAUGAGCUGAAGAAGCUGAAGCCUGUGCUGGAGAAGGAUUUCCUGCCACUCUACUUCGGCUGGUUUCUGACCAAGAAGAGUUCUGAGAGUCUCCGAAAAGCUGGCCAGGCCUUCCUGGAUGAGCUGGGGAACCAUAAGGCCUUCAAGAAGGAGCUGAGACACUUUAUCUCUGGGGAUGAACCCAGGGAGAAGGUUGACCUGGUCUCCUACUUUGGGAAGAGACCUCCGGGCGUGCUGCACUGCACAACCAAGUUCUGUGACUACGGGAAGGCUGCCGGAGCAGAGGAGUAUGCCCAGCAGGAUGUGGUGAAGAAGUCUUACUCCAAGGCCUUCACGCUGACCAUCUCUGCCCUCUUUGUGACACCCAAGACGGCAGGAGCCCAGGUGGAGUUGAGUGAACAGGAGCUGCUGCUGUGGCCAAAUGAUGUGGACAAGCUGUCUCCCACUGACAGCCUGCCCCGGGGUAGCCGCGCACACAUCACCCUAGGCUGCGCGGAUGACGUGGAGGCCGUGCAGACUGGCAUUGACCUCCUGGAGAUUGUGCAGCAGAAGGGGGGCAGCCGAGAGGAGGUGGGUGAGCUAACCCGGGGCAAGCUCUUUUCCUUGGGUAGUGGGCGUUGGAUGUUGAACCUGACCAAGAAGCUGAAGGUCAGGACCAUCUUCACGGGCUACUACGGGAAGGGCAAACCUGUGCCCACACAUGGCAGUCGCAGGGGGGGUGCCUUUCAGUCCUGCACCAUCUACUGAGUAUUCCACCAACCCUCGUCUGCCCCUCUUUAGAAGGGAAGGGGGUGGAGAAGGAAGCAUAUCCUCUGCUUGAUCUUUAAGAUUUUUUUUUACUCAGUUAACCUUCCUGUAACUUUUUAAAAACUUGUAAAAUAACCUUCCCUCUUUUUCUGCCUUUCCUCCUCUUGUCUAACAUUCAGGCUUUCAACAUAAAGCGGGGGCGGGGGGCAGGUACCAUUCAGGAAUCUGGAUUAGAACUGGUAAGGCUGGGCCUGGUGCUGCAGCCACAACCAUGAGCCCUGCUUUCACUUACUAGCACCCCAGCUCAAAUCCACAGCCCUGCCUGGAGCUGGCUAGUGAGAGACUGAAGGACUCCAUGUCCCUACAGCCAUGGAACAUGAGGUGGAUGUGAGAGGGGAGGAUCCAUAGGCUUGAUCCUAUUUCUUAAUCAGUGUAGCCCCAGGAAAGCUGAGGCUAUUUACCAGGGUAGAAAAAGGGAUUUACCUCCCACCUUGGGUCCUAAGUGCCUGUCCCUUCCUUCUUCACAAUGUAACUAGGUAACAGUUUGAUAACUAGGGAAGAAAACAGAACAGCAGGCAGCAGCCACACCCCAGGAAAGGGAUGGGGUGGCCAUCCUUCCCAGUGGUGGCUCUGCUGUAAGGAUGGGAGACCGGGGCCAGAGACGAUGCUCAGUGGGGAAGCUCCAGUCAUGCAGUGUGCCAAGCCCAUCUUGCCUCCUUGGUGCGUCUGGAGGCAGCUGUGCCUCCUCUAAAGGAGCCUGGUUGGGUACUAGUGGAGUGAACUCCUAGCUGUUAAGGGCUAAGCUCCACCCGGUGCCUUUGGGAAGGAGUUUUUUAACACUGCCACAUGGUCUGUGGUUCCUGGGGUGCCCUCCACUACCACCUGCUCAGUGACAGGGCCUUGCUAAUUAGGUUGUCACUCAACAAAAAGUGCUUGGGAUUUGAGUUAUCAUCCUGGCUGUGCCCAACCUCAGCAACUUGUAAGACUGAUAAUAAAAUAAAUCAUGU